CUUUUUUCUGGGCUCGACACUACUUAUAAAAAUGGCUUUCACAAAUCCUCACAUGAAUUCUAUGAACUCAUGGUUUGUCUGAGCCUAGAUUUCACUUGUCAGCCUAAUGGAAUUAAAAGUUCUGAUUUGUCUCCUAGCGGUUUCAUAUACGUGCAACCAUGGGGGAUAGUGCUAACAACAUUUCUUCAUUAAUUCAUCGUAUUGAGCAACUUGAGCAAGAACGUGAAGAGUUGCGCAAAGAUAUUGAACAGUUGUGUAUGCAACAAGCAGGAACUGGCUACAUAGGUAUUAUAACGAGGAUUCAGGCCCAGAGGACUGCAGGUUUGGAGCAGGAGAUUGAAACAUUGAAGCAGAAGCUAGUUGCGUGCACACGAGAUAAUCACACUCUUCAAGAGGAGCUUUCAGAAGUUUAUCGCAUUAAAAGCCAAUUUGCAGAUUUAUAUAAAUCAGAGCUCGAGAAGAAUUCUGAGGCAGAGAAGCAAAUUAAAUUCUUUCAAAGUCGAGUAGCCGCUGCAUUUUCUGACAGGGAUCGUGCUCUAAUGGAGGUUGAGAGGGCUCAUGAGAAAGAAAAGGCCAUGUCUGAUAAACUGAACGAGCUCCAAAACAGGAUAGAAGAAAUUACAGCAGAUCAUCUAGAGGAAGCGAAACUUUGCUGUGAACUGCAAUGCAAUUUAGGGGAGUCAAAAGCGGAAAUUGCAAAGUUGGAACAGGUUGUUGAAAAGUUUUAUCAAAUUCGGCAAGCAGCUGUUGGGGUUCUUGAUAAGGAAACUGAUGAAGAUCAGGCAGUUUGCCUUCUACAGGACCCUGCAUACAUGUGGAGUUUCAGCAAAACAGAGGAUUAUCGCACUCAGAUGGUUGCUAUGCAAGAGGAGUUAACAUCUUCUAGAGAUUUUGUAGAAAAACUACAUAAGCGGCUGGAAGAGACACGUGCUUCUGAAGAUCAUCUAAUGCAGUGCGUGAACACUCUUGAAGCCAAGCUGAAGCACUCAGAAAACAUAAAAAAGAAUGAGAUUGACCGUCUCCGUAUUUUCCAAGUUCAGAAGAGAAAUGAUAUUUUUAAUCUACUUGAGGAUGAACGGAAAUGGCUUGAAUCAAUGGCAGCAGAUAUUGAAGCUCAUGUUAAACAACAUGCCAUGGAUAGAUUGGUUGAUUUGGAUUCUCUUAAAUUGAAUGAAGAGAGGCAGAGCAUGAUCCUAGAACAAAGCGAGAGUGUCAUGCUUAAUGAAAACACAAAACAUGCAGAGGAAAAGGUCUCCGACAUCAUGCAUAUUGGUUCUGAAGAACAGUGGAAUACUGAUGAUGAUAGGAAGGCCCUUGCUCAGGCUUUACAGGAAAAAGUUGAAGCACUAUUGUUGCUCUCACAGCAGGAGGAAAGACAUUUGUUAGAGAAAAACACAAAUGCAGCUCUUGAGGAAAAAACAAGGGAACUUCAGCAGAAGUUAUCACAAGUCACAAACGAGAAAGUAGCAGCACUAAUGGAGUUAGCACAGCUAAGACAACAAUACCAGCAGCUAGAAGAGCACCGGAGACAGAUAACUCCAGUGUCCAAGCAACAGCUUAGUUCCAAAUCUGGUUCCAUGGCUGUUGUAAAUGAUAAUAAAGAUUGGAGGGUAAAACAUUUACUGAAGCGUACUUACCUCAAGCACUGGUUGAGGGGCAUAGACAUUCCUGGGAUUAAGGCUAAUACUCGUUUUGAUGGAGAUGAUAGUAGUUCCACUGCAAGCAAGUCAAAUGAUGCCAUGGACUAUGCUAGAAUGAGGGUUGAGAAUGCUUCUCUACAGGAAAGCAUGGCAAACAUUGAACAUCUUACCACAUCAAUUCAUCGUCUUCGGCAUUCUCUUUUCAAAGCAAAAGAAGAUGCGUUCAAAUCAUCUGCCACUGAAGCUGCUUUAGAAGUAAUUGAUGGCAUUGUGAAUGAAGCUCAGCAUAUAAAGACAGCACUUGGAAGCUCUCUUCCAGUUAGCUGGUCAGCAGACAGCACUUCAGAUAUCCCUGAUUCCUCAGAAUCGGAGAUUGCAGCUGAUGGUACAGAAGAUCACACAAUUAGUGGACUGGACUGUGUCUCAUCAGCAGGACUUGAGCUUGUAGAACUUCUGAUCUUGGCUUCAGAACUGCAGAAAACAGAAAUUAUGUGCAUGCCAAAACAAGCAGCAAUUCUUGAGAAUUCCUUAGGGGAGUUUCCUUCUUGAGCUUUCAAGGUUAAGAGACCUUAAAAGUUCAUCUACAAGAUGGGGAAAAGUUUCAAGCUCAUUGCUCUGGAAUAUUUGAAAUGCAUUCUUUUAUUGUCUGCCUUGAAUUUGUUUUUCCUAAUGUUUGAGUGAUCAGAAAUGCAGUUCAGGUUAAGUGCCUUGGGUCUGUACUAACGAUACUAGAAGCUAUAGGUCCACCUACAUCAAAUCCUAUAACCAGUAACCUUGGCAGGGAGAGGAGGAUAAAUUUCUUGAAGGCCUUCUCCCAAUAGGUCAAGGGAGGAGGGCAUAUGAUCUACCUUAUUUGUUUAAGCUGAUAUGCAAGCAGCAUUCUUAUUAUGGUUCCCUUUAUGGCUUCAGGGACUGUAACCAACAGUGUUGUACAUGCUACAACCUAAGCUUUUGUAUAGAUCUUAAUAGUUCAGUGGAUGAACAGCAGGUAGGACUUGUACGAUAGAAUAUUAGUCUACCGAAAAUGAAGGGAAACUUGAUUCUUCAUUGGUUUUCCAGAUAUUGCCUAUCAAUCGAGAAAAGUUCAUGGAAAGUAUUUUUUUUCUGAUAUCCAAUUGUGAAACACCGUCUGAAUUUCUUCACGAGAUUUUCUAUUAAUUUGUAGUGUACAAUUCCAUGAAAUUAUAAUGAUUGUACGUACCUUAAAGGUUAGGUGAAGCCUGAACUCAUUCUAUGGUCUGGCUCGCAUUCUUUGUAAUUCCUACAGAAAUGCUAUGAUGCUGUAUUAAUAGCAUGAAUGACCACAAACAUGCGACUGUUGUGAUAAAUAGUUUAUUUCGAAUUGUA